AUGUACAUCCAAAUGAAGUUCAGCUGCGUUGUUUUGCUUCUGGCUUCCCUUUCAAAUGCCUUACCCUCCCUGCAUCACAAGGACUUUUCGCCACGUGAUGUUCGAGCUUUCGGUCCCUCAGAAGCUCGUCUAAAUCAAAAACGUCACAUCAUCAACUUACCUUUGGCCCGUAAACACCGUAAGGCUGGCAAGCACUCUCAUAAGGCCACUGUUGGGGGUGCUGCUGUUGCUCCCCCGAUCGCUACUGCAGCCAAUGCCACAGCUGCCGCACCAGCCAAUGCGACUGCUGCUGCUCCAGCUCCAGCCAAUGUCACGGUUGCCGUACUGGCUAAUGCGACUGCUGCCGCACCAGCCAAUGCGACUGCUCCUCCAGCACUUGAUGCGCCUGCACCUCCACCAGCUCCAGCCAAUGCGACUGUUGCUCCACCAGCUAAUGCGACUGCUGCCGCACCAGCCAAUGCGACUGCUCCUCCAGCAGUUAAUGCGCCUGCUCCUCCGCCAGCUCCAGCUAAUGCGACUGUUGCUCCACCAGCUAAUGCGACUGCUGCUCCACCAGCCAAUGCGACUGCUGCUCCACCAGCUGAUGCCACAGCCGCUCCACCAGCUAACGCCACGACUGCUACUCCGGCCAAUGCCACGGCUGCCGCUCCAGCUAAUGCGACCGCUGAUACUCCAGCCAAUGUCACGGCUGCCGCACCAGUCAAUGCGACUGUUGCACCAGCUAAUGUCACGGCUGCCGCACCAGCUAAUGUAGCUGUUGCUCCAGCCAAUGUCACGGCUGCCGCACCAGCUAAUGCGACCGUCGAUACUGCAGCCAAUGUCACGGCUGCCGCAUCGGCUAAUGCGACCGCUGCUACUCUGGCCAAUGCCACAGCUGCCGCACCAGCUAAUGCCACGGCUGCCGCACCGGCCAAUGUGACUGCUCCACCACCAGCUCCAGCCAAUGCGACUGUUGCUCCACCAGCUAAUGCGCCUGCUCCACCACCAGCAAAUGCACCACCAGCUCCACCAGCUCCAGCCAAUGCACCACCAGCACUACCAGCACUACCAGCUCCACCAGCUCCAGCCAAUGCGCCUGCUCCACCACCACCUGCUCCACCUGCUCCAGCCAAAGCGCUCCCUGCUCCACCUGCUAAUGCUCCACCUGCUCCACCUGCUAAUGCGCCUCCUGCUCCACCGGCCAUUGCGCCCCCAGCUGCACCAGCUAAUGCUACUCCGGCAAUCCCCGCCGCUGCUCACAAUGCGAUCAAAGCUAUUGGAAAACCUGGAAUCAAAACUGCAAAAACCGCAAAGGGGCUGAUCAAGACGACUUUAGCCAAAAACAAAUUGAAGGGGAUCACUAUCAUUGGUAGACGUCAUAUGCCAAUCACACUGAAAGAGAAACCUUAUGUUACGCAUUUGUUUCGUUUUACCGUGAACCCAGUUUUCGAAAACGUAGAAAACUUUUAA